AUGAGAGCGGGCCUGAACACUAUCCAGCAGACGCUGACCCCUGAGGCGGCCGCCGUUCUCAACCAGUCCAUAGCGGAGGCGAGCCGCCGCAACCACGGCCAGACGACGCCGCUCCACGUGGCGGCGAUGCUGCUGGCGUCGCCGUCGGGGUUCCUGAGGCAGGCGUGCAUCCGGUCCCACCCCAACUCCAGCCAUCCGCUCCAGUGCCGCGCGCUGGAGCUGUGCUUCAGCGUGGCCCUCGAACGGCUGCCGACGGCACAGAGCGCGGGGGACGCGGAGCCGCCGAUCUCCAACGCGCUCAUGGCGGCCCUGAAGAGGGCGCAGGCGCACCAGAGGCGGGGGUGCCCGGAGCAGCAGCAGCAGCCGCUCCUCGCCGUGAAGGUUGAGCUUGAGCAGCUGGUAAUUUCGAUACUCGACGAUCCCGGCGUGAGCCGCGUAAUGAGGGAGGCCAGCUUCUCCAGCCCGGCCGUGAAGGCCACAAUCGAGCAAUCCCUAAAUAGCUCCAGCUCUCGCGCAAGUCAACGUCAGCACCACGUCGCCGGCGGGAGCACGAAUUUCGUGGCGGGUUUCGGUGGAAUUGCUUCUAGAAUGCUUCCAAAUCCUGGUCAACCGCCAACUCCGGUGGCUCGACCGAUGUCUCCGGCGGUCCCGUCUCUGGCCAAUCGGAGCUUGUUCCUGAAUCCGCAUAUGCAGCAGCAACAAACACCCACCGCCCAGAUUGAGAACCCUAGAGGCGAGGAAGUCAAAAAGGUGUUCGAUAUAAUGUCUAGGAGCAAAAAGAGAAACCCAGUUAUUGUUGGGGAUUCGGACCCUGAGGCCGUGGCCAAGGAAUUGUUAAGCAAAAUAGAAAAUAAUGAACUCGGAAAUGAUCUGAACAUGAAGAAUCUUCAGAUAAUAUCAAUUGAUAAAAGUCUUCUUUUGUCCGACAAGAAUCAAAUAGCUACCAAGAUCGAUGAAUAUGAAAGGGCGAUUGAGAGCAAGAUUGGGAAUGGAGGGGUGAUUCUUGAUCUCGGAGACUUGAGAUGGCUGGUAGAGCAGCCAGCGGCUGCAGGUUUCAGUGGGGCCCAGAAACAGCAGAAGGCACCGGUUGUGUCCGAAUUGGGCCGGGCUCUGGUGGUGGAGAUGUCGAAGCUGCUGGCCAGAUUUAGUGGAGCUGAUGGUCUGAAUGAGGGUAAAAACAAGCUCUGGUUGAUUGGGACUGCAACUUGCGAGACAUAUUUGAGAUGCCAGGUUUAUCAUCCCACCAUGGAGAGUGACUGGGAUUUGCAGGCUGUGCCUAUUACCUCGAGAUCUCCUGUUCCGGGAAUGUUUCCGAGUCCAUUACCAGGUUUGUCAAGGCUUAUACCUGAAAAUUCAAAUCCUGCUCAAAGACAUCCUACUCCGAGUCCCUUACCUGGUUUGGCAAGGCUUGUACCAGAAAAUUCCGAUCCUGCACAAAAACCCACCUUUUGCCCUCAGUGUUCAGUGAAUUACGAAAAAGAUCUAGCGAAAAUUGCAGCCAUCGAGAAGUCAUUAUCUCGAGCCAAACAAGAUAACCUUCAAUCUACCCUGCCAGUAUGGUUGCAAAACGCCAAACUCAACAAUCCUGAUGCUAAAACCACCAAUGAAUCACAAGGAAAUGACCAAAUUCUGCUUUCCAAGCAGAAAACUCAAGAGCUCCAGAAAAAAUGGAGGGACACUUGCAUGCAUCUCCAUCCCAAUUUUCAUCAAAAUACCCUUCCUGAAAACCCUGUCCGGCCUGCCGUGCCAUCUCUGGCAGGCAUCUACAAUCCAAACUCGCUCGCCCAUCCCCCUUUACAGCCCAUCAAGCCCAACCUGUCCAAACCUCUCGGGUCAACCCUGAAGCUGAACACUGGCCCAGUCACAACCCAACUCGUCCCUCCAGCAACGCCGAAAAGCCCGCUCUCGAGCCCUGUGCUGACGGACCUCGUCCUGGGCACCAAGGGCCUGGAGAAACCCGCGGAGGAUCAUCCAGCCAAAGACCUGCUCAGCUGCAUCUCAUCCGAGCCCAUGACAACAAACAAACCGCUCGAGAAAUUCGCCGACGAGCUGGAUGCCAGCACGUACAAGAAGCUCCUCAAGGGCCUUAUGGAGAACGCAUGGUGGCAGGCAGAAGCCGCCUCAGCCGUGGCUUCGGCCAUCACGCGCUGCCGCCUGGGCAACGGCAAGCAGCGGGGAAGCGGCAGAGGCGACACGUGGCUGCUGUUCGCAGGCCCCGACCGGGUCGCCAAGCGCAAAAUGGCUUCCGUGCUUGCCGAACAGAUCUGCGGGUCGGGCCCGUUGAUCAUCGGACUCGGCGCGCAUCGGGAGGACGAGCCCGACACGGGCCUGCGAGGCCGGACGGCCGUCGACCGCAUCGCCGAGGCCGUUCGCCGAAAUCCUACAUCGGUGAUCGUGCUCCGGGAUAUCGAUGAGGCUGAUGUGAUUGCGCGUGGGAACAUAAAACGCGCCAUUGACCGCGGGAGGAUUAACGACGCGCACGGCCGCGAGGUCGGCCUCGGAAACGCUGUUUUCAUCGUGACGGGCGAUUGGUCGACGGUUAGCGCCGAGGCGUUACGAGACGGGCAAUUUGUGGACGAACGGAAACUGAAUUCGACAGCUGGCGGGAGCUGGCAGCUGGGGUUGAUAGUUCGGGAGAAGACCGCCAAGCGGAGGGCAAAUUGGACCAAUGACGGGGGCCCGAGGAGUCGGCCGAGGACUGAAACGGGCUCUAGCGGUGGGCUCUCGCUGGACUUGAAUCUCUCAGCGACGGCGUACGAGGAAAAAUCCGUCGAGUCGAGCGAGGUGUCGGCGGUGGACGGAGGGGACGAUGCGGAGCCCACGGACGGGGGUUUCUCGAUUGUGUCGCUGCCGCACGACCUGGCGAGCUGCGUGGACGACUCGAUCGUGUUCAGGCCAGUCGAGGCGGCAUUUGUGCGCCGUGAGAUCAAGAAAACGAUAGCGGUGAAGUUCUCGAUGGACGUGGAUGAAAACCUAAAGAUCGAGAUAGGGGAUGACGUGCUGGACAAGAUACUUGGAGGACUGUGGCACGACUCGACUAGCCUGGAGAAGUGGGUGGAGGGAGUGGUGGGCCCGAGUUUCGAAGAGCUUAAGCCGCGUCUGCCGGCAGGGGAUAGGAGCAACUCGGUGGUUCGUCUGGUGGUCGAGUCGGACUCGUGCGAUCGGGGGAAGAGUAAAGGAGAUGUUGUGGACUGGCUGCCGAGUAGCAUCUUGGUGUAG